UCAACCUUUAAGCUUAAAACUCAAAGAGCUAAAGCCUAAAGCCAUUGAUGUUCUCUCUGAAAAUCUUCAGCACUAAAACGGUGCGUUUUGUGGCAGUAGAAUAGACAUGCCGAUAUCUAUUUCUCGUAUCGGAAACUCUUUACCCUUUUCCAAGCUCAUCAGGCAGCUGGAGCAAGAGAUGGAAACUGUGGUAAAGGUUUUGCAGCCUGGACCUUUGGGAAUUAUAGAACACAAGUUCUCUGCUGAGGAGAUACGGGAGGCAGAUGCUACAGUUCAUAGAGCAGUAGAGAAUUGGCAAAGGAAUGCAAAGCUAGAACCAAAAAACCAUAUCUUAAAAGAUUUCGUGCAUAAGUGAAGCUGUGAAGAGUUACCCAAAAAAGAAAAAAGUGGAAGAAGCUGUGGAGGUUGAUUUUGGAUAACUAAUAUUCAGUUAAAUAUGUAUACUCUUUUCUAUGAGAACUCUCCGUGGCACCACAUCUAAAUUUCUCUGCCUUUAAGAUGUUCUAAUAAUUUUCCUGUUAGAUACAAACAUCUGAAUUCAAAAUUCUCUUAUAUGAUAUUACCAGGAUCAUACCCAACAAUGCCAUUUCGCGGUUGGUUCAGGCAAAGAA